AUGAAUCGUCGAGGCAACGUCCGCCGUUAUGAGUGCGAGCCGCCUGAAAAGGUUUACGCCUACAAGGCCAAGCUGGUUAAAACAAGACGAAACUCGGCCAAAAUCCAGCUGGUGCCGACCACCUUCACUACCCCUAAAAAUAAGAGGGCGCUUUCUCAGAGUGGUUCAAAGUCAGGAGGACAACGUAGCCGCGUCGAGGAACUUUUGGCUUCGGCCGCAGCUAGCGCAAGGGCGGGUCCUGGGAACGAGAUGGAUUGGGGCAACUCUGGCGAUGUCUUCAUUCCUUUUGAAGUAUCGGAUAGAGACGUGAUCGGAAAAGCCAAUAGGGCGCAAUGUCUCUACAGAAACCGGAGUGCUCCCUUUGCCUUGACCCUAGUUCCCGAGUUCUGUGGAGGUGCAAACAUUUGCUUUGGGCGACCACUUUUGUGUACCGAGUGCUGUAAGGACAGUCACCGACGGAACCCAUUCCAUCGGGUCGAAGUGUGGAACAAGACCCACUUCACACCGUCUUGGCUCUGGCGUACCGGUCUUAUUCUCAGUCUGUGUCCAUCCGGUCGGUGUGACCAGGACAGGGCAACCCUCUCCGAUGCCCCCGAUGCUCUACCCGAACCUGACGACUGUACUUACGGUGCCAAACCUGACAAGCGUGUCUGGGAGGACGACAUCAGUGUCAUUGUGGUGGUUCAUCUUACCGGUAUCCACCACCUCCCUGUUCGCUUCUGCUCCUGCCACGACGCCGCCGACAACGAUAUACAGCUUUUACGAUUUGACCUUUAUCCCACAUCAUACAAGGAAGCCCGUAGCGCGUUCACGUUUCAACUUCUGGACGACUAUCUACUCCAGAACCUUGAAUGUAACACCUCAGCAUUUCAUUAUUACUCCAAGUUGCGACGGCUCACGAACACAGGCGUUUCCAAAAAAGGUUCCCGGUCUAACCUACAUGGUACCUGCGUCCAACAGGAUCGGUACAGGGAGCUCCUUCGGUGCAGUCGCGAGUGGCGGCGUCUCAAGGAGUUGAAGCGACACGGGUUCAGUCACCUGGGGAGAGCGCCAGAGGAGGGAGAAAUGGCACUUUAUUGUGCCGCCUGCCCACAACCGGAUGUCAACUUGCCAGCGGAUUGGAGGGACGAUCCCGAACAGUGGAAGUACUAUGUUACGCUCGUCGCCGACGGCAAUUUCAGUCUUGUUCAUCGGAAGCAAAAGGGAGACGAAGAUGUAUGGUUGAAGCGCGGAGAAGGAUACCUAGUGGAACGUACCCGGUAUGCAAAGCACAUCAAGUCUACGAACGAAAAGAAAGAGGCUCCAACUUGUCACGAACAUCGAGCAGUGGAGGAUCGGUCUAAAACUCACAAGGGCUGCGACGUCACUGGCGUCGGUGCAUUUGCGUGCUCUCGUCACGGGGCAUUCGCUCCUGGUAGUGUAGUCGACUUUCAAAAGGGAGAACGACAAAUGAACAUGGAUUAUGGCUUGUGCGGUGCAAUUAUAUCGACCGGCGCAUCAAAGGCGAAGCGGUUAAAUCUCCUCUACGACAUCGCUUGCCAAUAUCACCUUCAUCUGGCGAAGCGCCUCAAGGAAGGGAGGUACCUUACGCAUUGGGACUCAUUGGAACUGGUUUUCGGCAUAGGAAAGUUCCACGUUUUCGGACAUCAAGAGAGGUGUUUUGCGAGGCACUCCCCGCUAUUUAUCGAGGGCUCAGGUUGGACGGCUGGGGAGAUUUUGGAAUCACUCUGGUCAGUGCUGAACGAGGCGGCGAAACCGACUCAAACAAUGACGCUGGCACACCGAACUGAAGUCCUAGACGCCUUGAUUGCGGAUAGCAAUUUUAAGAAGAUGAUCAACCUAGUACUUCAGCUGGGCGGGCACUAUGUCAAAAGCGAGAAGGAACUGAUGAAGGCCACCGAGGCCUUCGAGUUACUUGACGCAACUGCCAGUACCGCACAGCGCACCUCCUGGAAGGGGCAACUCGAUAAAGCUCUGGAAGGGCGGUUGACUGACGUCGGUGCUAUGGACAUCCUGAAUGUGACCAUCGACAAGCCCCCGUCAAGAUCCCAGGUUCAACACGAACUGAUGGUCAGUGAGCAGGAGGGUCACCAGGAUGUCGGCGUAACGUCAUGGCUGACUCGGGGGCUGAAGAUACAGGAAUCCCAACUACUACUUAAAUCGUUCGUCAAGGGCCUUCCCCGAGACGAACUUAGGACGGAUCUCCAGCUCGUCGAACUUGCGGAGAAACGAGAGCGCCUCCAAGCCGACCUCGAUGCGUUCGUUUCCACUGCCGUUGGCCUGUUCCCGUCGGUCGAAUUUGGAGCGUACGAAAGACCUCCUGAUGCCGCGCCUGAAAUCGACAACGAGGACCCAGACGAUUCAGAUAUCGACGACGUUAGAGGAGCAUCAGCAGAGGAAGAUAACCCGUACCUUUACCAUCCUCAUUCGCCGUCCCUCCCGCCGGCUAUGAAAAGGGCCAGAAAGAAAGAGAUCCAUUUACGAAUCGCCCAGGCGAACGAUGCUCUGGAGGGCAUCAGAACGGAAAUAGGACACAAGUCUUUCCUCUAUCGAUCCGACAUCCGUUUAGCGCAAGGGAAGAAACAAAAAACCCGCGGCUAUCAGUCCAUAAAGGCCGCCGACUCCAACAUGCGACAUCAUCUGCGCCUUUACAACCACGCCAGAUGGGCUUUAACGAGACUGCGCGCCAAACCAUCGAUACUGGACCGCUUUAAGGCGAUUCGUAAAGAGGAUACUAAGGCAAUUACGGCGGUCUAUCAACCCAACGCACCCGGUCAAUCGAAAUUAUCUUUAUCGUGGAUUUGGAGCGUGGAUGUCAAGGGGGAUUCGGAAAACUCCACGUACCUCAGCGAGUUAUACAGAGUUAACUGGAUAAGAGCCAAGGCUCGUUUAGACAGAUGGAAGGAGGAGAACACUCUCAUACGUUGUGAGAUGGGUUGGAUGCUCAACUUCUUCGAUCGGAAGGAAAAGAUUUGUUUGGGCUGGGCAGACAUGAGCGGUAACAGACCUGGACAUCGCGCCUACGCUUACCGUCAAGCUGAAAUGUGGAGGCUUCUGGCUUGCGAGGCCAGGAGGUCCUUCAAAAGCGCUCAGGAAACGGCGGAGCAACUGACGACCAACGCAGCCGCGAUCGGAUAA